CAUCGGAGAACAUUGGAGGUUAUUUUAUAAAAUAAAAUCGAACUGUAUAUUAUAAGUAUUAUAUAAAAAUAUUCUGAAAUUAACACAUGUUAACUUAAACAAUAAACUCUUCUUUAACUGUCUCCUCUAAUUUUCUUUAAGUUUAUUUGUUAUUUAUUGUUAAAAACAGUCUAACCAAAACGGUCAGCUAGAACAGUUUUCUUAACCGGAGAAACACACUUAAGACGAUUUCAGAUAAGCUCCUCAAUACAAUGAGAGAUGAAUAUACCGAAAAGGAUAGACAAGCUUUAGCUAACUGGGAGAAAUGGAUGAAAGCACGAAAAGAAGUGAGCGAGCGGAUCGGGAAGGCGAUUGGGACCGAGCCUCCGUGCCUCCUUAUGAACAGGGAACGGAAGUGGGAGAUAGAUCGGGAGAAGGACGUCAUAUACGACGCACAACUAAUAAAAGAAUACCAGUGCAGGUGCGGAAAAACAGGAUGUCCUUUGUUUUGGAAAACGACUGAGCCACGGCAACCAGGCUCUAAGAAUUUACUGGCUGAAGUUUAUUUCUCUCCACUCAAGUUGACCCAUGAAAAUAAGAAGCUUUCUCAUUUGAUAGAAGAUGGAUACAUAGGAUUCCCUAGAUUAAUUCAAGAAGAGAAAGGAAUUUUGGGACAGAAAUGUUUAGAAAAUGCUCUUAAAAGAUGGCAAGAUUCCCCUUAUUAUAAACAGAGAAGAAUGGAACUCGAAGAAGAGAUUAAAGAAGUAGAAAAUACGCCUGAUGUUGAUGAUUUAAUUAUAGUUGGUAAAACGAUAGUUCAAAAAGAAGAGGUUCGCGGCAGCUACAUUUUACCCGGCAUAGUAGUAGAGAAUUAUCAAAUAUUACAUCAAAUACCAGAUGAAAAGAUGCCAAUAUUAUCGAUAGGGAAAUUAUUAUUAAAAGGAAGCGAUAGGAAGGGAGUCAAUUGGACAAUAGAUUUCACAGGAGUGUACACGUCGGAUCAUCAUGCUAAGUAUAUUAAAUUCACCAAUAGAGGGCAGAUAGCUAUAACCUACGUCUGGGAAAAGAAGGAAGCUUACAAAAACCUUAUGUUACCCCUGAGAAUCACCAAAGCUAUGAUGACAAGAUUCUUCUUCAAUAAAAUGGAAGGAAUAUUACUUCCUGGCCAAUCGUUUUAUCAAUCUUUUUGGUUUCACUCACGUACCCCGGGUAUAUUCAAAGAGGCCUGGUGCUUCAUCACCAAACCAUCUCUUCCACCAAUAACGUUCUUCUUGGAAGGCAUAGUUUCUAUGUCUUCAAAUAAAGAGUUACAUAAAAAUAACGAAAUAAAUAAUUAUUUAGAGCGGUUAGUCAGAGAAACCGAAGCAAGAGAAUCGGCUGAAACUGCCUUGCACCGGGUCGCUUCCUGCCACAUUGACACCAUGGACCAUGCUAAUAAAUUUACUGAGAAAGAGAUCUUCAUGCACAUCAAUCCACUGCUGUACUACCACCUCGAUGUGAUCGAAAAAGUAAAAAAAUUGAAUGCAAGAUUUUUUGAUGAAGAAUGGAAUUACUCAAUGAAUGAUUUAUGUGAAAAACUUGUAGAAAAGCUAAAGGAUGAACCACAAGAAUUAAAAGAUAAGGUUUUUAAAUAUUACUCCAAACUUUUGAGAAGACUUCAGAAGAAACCAAUUAUCAUGGAUAUGCUAGACUCUGACUGGGACAUGUUCAAGUAUCAUAUGACAUACAUGCUUUUGUGUACGGCGAUUGCUGAAAUGGAAAAAUGUCUGAAUUACAAAUCUUGGGGACUGGAACCACCAAAUGCACCCCCUGGCCCAAAUGAAGAAUAUAAAGGAAGCUUUGUCGAAACGCGUAAAAAUUUUGACUUUGAUGAGACCAACGAAAGGAGAAAAGAAAGUGAUACUGAAGAAGAUGAAGCAAAAUUAGCAAAAAUCGAGAAUGAAAUGAUAAAAGAAUUUGGAGAUGAUGUAUUAAAUAGGACAAAAACUAUUAAUCUCAAUCUUGGAUUAGGUAUAAGAUUUGUAAAAGAUGAUGAUUCGAGAGAAGAACUUGAGGUUGACAAAAUGGAAGAAGAGGGUGAAGCUGAAGAAGAAACUGAAGAAGAGCAUUUAGCCGAAGAGGAGAAAAACAUAUAUUUUUUAGAGGAAGUAGAAGAAGAAGAACUAUAUGAAGAAGAAAUGUCAGAAGAAGAAAUUUCAAUGUCUACUUUAUUAAAUGAAGAUGGGGAAAGUGGUAAUAAUUUAAAAAAUGAAGAAGAGACUGAAAAAGAUAUUUCUGAUGAAGAUGCAGAAGAAGAAGAUGAGGAAGAAGAGGAGGAGGAAGAUGAAGAAGAAGAAGAAGAGGAGGAGGAGGAAGAUGAGGAUGAAUUGUCAAUAGAAGAAGAAGAAGUAAUUGAUGAUGGACAAGAAAGGGAGUAUUUAAAAAGUUUUACAGACAAACUAAAACGUCUCUUAUCUACUGAUAAGGAUAAGAGCAGAGGAAAACUUGGAAUAGAUUCACGGAAAAAAAAAGAACCACAAAGCAAACAAUUGGGAAAAGAAGAACAAAAGCAACAAAAAGGCGUAAUGCCUGACUUACAAAAACAAGAAAUGAAGGAUCAAGAACCGACAACUGAAAAUGAAAAAAAAAAAGUUUAUACUGGGGGUGAUCCAGCUCCGUAUCUUGAUCCAAGAGAGGAACCACCUCCAUGGGUACGGAAACAUUUUCUAUUGUUCGCUACAAUUCAAUGGAGACGAAUUCUGGAAGAUGCUAUAGAUGAUGUAGCAGCACUUAUAGAGUCAAUCAAUUUUCACAAAGGGGCUACUCCACAAACAAAUAUCAAGUACAGUGAACGUGCGCAACUGAUUUUUCAUUAGUCAAUGAUGAUUAUUAGAUGACUACUUCAAGAAUGUAAUAACUAAGGUAAAUAUAAAAACAUAUAUUCCGAAAUAAUUUUUAAUCAUUUGCAGAUACUUUAAAAAAGUUUAUCUCAA